AUGACAAGUAUCCUGCCUCCACCCAAGCCACUCGAUGUUACCGGCGAUCUUUGGAAAGCUUGGAAGUUGUGGAAAGGCGAGUUUAGACUCUUCUCUACAGCGACAAAUCUAAAGGCGCAGCCAAAGGAAGUUCAGGCCGCGACCUUCUUGGUUACACUGGGUGAAGAAGGAAGGAAGAUAUGCAAUACGCUACGGUUUGAAACCGAAGCGGACCGUGAUGAUGUCGACAAGCUUAUCCAGAAACUGGAAGAGCACUGCAAACCGACGCUCAAUUUAACGUACCACGAAUUUCUGUUCGGAUCGCGAAACCAGAAAGAAGGGGAGCGAUUUGACGAGUGGCUGACAGAGCUUCGGAUACUCGCUGCUAGCUGCGAGUUCGGGACCUUGGAAAAACGCAUGCUGCGUAGCCGCAUAAUCCUUGGAGUUCGCGACAAGAAACUUCAGCAAAGGCUGAUCUCGGAAAAUCCGUCAUGUGAGAAGGUUAUAGAAACAUGUCGGAUGAGAGAGCUCAGCAAGCAGCAGUUUGACGAUAUCCAGAAGGAAAAAGAUGAAGUGAAGGAAGUUCACGCGGUCACGAAGCGAACGAGAACUUGUUCGAAGUGUGGAUAUACGCACGAUAAAGAUGCAUGUCCGGCGCAAGGCAAGGAAUGCAAGAGCUGCGGUAAACUUAACCACUUCGCCAGUGUGUGCAGAAGCAAAGGACAACGAAAGAAAUAUAGAAGGAAGCCGAAGGCAAAACAGGUCCUUGAAGUGGAACGUGAAGAAGACACUUACUUCUUGCAAAUGCUGUCCGUAAAUAACGUCGCAUCGAGCGAUCUCUGGUCUGCUGAGGUUACGAUCGAGAACGUGAAACUAAACUGCAGAGUAGACACUGGUGCCAAUUGUUCCGUAAUCUCAGCCGGACAGUUGAGAAAAGUCACUACCCAGACAACCAUCAACGUCCCAAGGACAUCCCAGUUUGAUCAUAACGUCCAGGUCCAUGAUGGAUGUCCACUGGAUAUCCCCUGGAUGUCCCAAAAUAUCCAUAAAUAUCCUGGAUUUAUCCAGUGCUGA